CCUGAACAACAGCUUUAUAGUUUAUUAGUUUUAAACCAUUUGUAGUAUCAUCACCUAGAAUAUGACAUCAUAUAGUUUGUAUCAUCUCCAUAAUCUCUUUUACAAUACUCCAUUCAUUCCCUUAAUGCAGGUAGUAUCACCAAAUCAGUCCAAAACGAUUUAGGGGAUAUGUAAAACACUAAUUCAAAUGAAUAUUAAAUUAAAUAUAAGCCUGAAUGAUGUGGCAUGUCAUCGUGUCACAUUCUUUGAUAUGCAUAUGUUAUUAUUACAACAUUAAUUUGUAAGGGAGCUAUAAUAAUAACUAUGUAACUUAUCAAUGCAUAAUGUUUUUUUUGCAUAAGGGAUAUUUUAGUUUGUAAAUUUUUUAAAUCUUUUACUACGCAUAAUAUUUUAUUCUAUGGACUUUUUCCAAAGUCUAAUGGAUUUGGUGAAAUGUCUAACUGAAAGAAGUGAUGAACCUUAUUUGGUGGCCUGAGCAAAGAAAUAUGAUAUGGUGUGUGAUGGAUUAUCACAACGUUAGUGGGAAACCCAAUGAAGACCUGUAGUAUAUAGCUUGCUCAGUUUUUUUAAAUCAUUCAACUUAUUAUUUUUUCAACUGUUCAGUUUCUAAGGUGAAAUCUUUAACCACCAUAAUGGUUAAUAAAUUAAAAUUGCAACCUUUUCCUAAUUUCCUUCUCAGUUAGAAAUUACUUCUUAAUUUCUUCUCUUAGGCUAAUGUAUAUUAAGUUUCACUCAUGAAAUGACAAGCAGUAGUAGUUUGUUCAACAUUCUUAGGAAUGAGACAUAUAUAUAUAUAUAUAUAUAUAUAUAUAUAUAUAUCCAUAUACAUUCUUACACUCUUAGAACAAUGAGCGUUUGGAGAAAAACAGUAAUAUGAUUGUUUAGAGCUAAAUUUUCACUAUAAAACUGGUUUGUGUAUUAGAAAUGAAUAUUCAAAUGAAUAAAAUUACUCAUCAAUAUUCCAGCUCACCAUAAAGCACUUGGGUUUAUAUGUUAAGGUUAUUGAUUUUACACACAUAUAAGCUUAAUUUUUUCAUACUUAUACGUUAUACAUUAAGACAUGUGAAACUUGAGAAUAUUGGAAGAUCACAACUGCACUCUUAUCUAGAGUGACAACACUCAUAUACUACCUCCGUCCCAUUUAUAUUGUCCCGGAAGAGGGUGGCACGGUUAUUAAGAAAAGUGAGUUUGUGUGGUUGAUAUUAAUUGAUAAAGUAAGAAUAAAGUAAGAAUAAUUUAGAGCCACACAAACUUUGCCAAAUAUGGUAUGAGACAAUUUAAGUGGGACUUCCCGAAAAGGUAAAAUGGGACAAUAUAAAUGGGACGGAGGGAGUAUAUAUUAGUAUCAUUUACUUUCCUUCUUUUAUGUAUUUUUCAUGCAUUAACAUUAUGAAUAUAAUGUUAUUCAUAAUGUUAUUGUGUGGCAUAGUAUAUUUGAAACUGAGAUGUUGAUUCAAGAAGGUUAUUGUUGGAGGAUAGGGGAUGGACAACCAAUUAACAUCUGGGAGGAUCCAUGGUUGCCUAAUGCAGAGAAUCCGAGGGUGGUAACAAAGAGUGGGUCAGGGUUGGAGCAGGCUACUGUGUCAGGCCUUCUAAAGAUGGAAGACGGAUCCCCGGAUGAGGAUAUUCUGAAUGACGUGCUGGACGAUAGACUGCUGGCUCAGGGUAUUUUAUUAAGCAAAAGCAAAAUACCAGACAGUUGUUUCUGCUGGAGGUGGGGCGAGAAGGGGCAAUUCUCUGUUAAAAGCUGCUAUCGAAGGAUAGUGGGAGAGCAAUCGGGUGAAGGCUGGUUGGGUAACUUGGGUUGGACAUCACUUUGGAAGUUGGAGCUUCCUCCAAAGGUGAAAUCCUUUUUUUGGCAGUUAGAACAGAACUUCGGAGAUGAAUGGUGGACUGUCUGAGCGAGUGUGGGCUGUGAAAGGGAGGAGGAAACGCUGCUGCAUCUAUUUGUGUACUGCCCGAAAGCUAGGAAAAUUUGGAAUCAAGUGGGUCAGGAAGUGCCUACAAGCGGGGUGGAAAGCCUACUGGUAUGGCUGCACUCUGUCUUUGAUACUCGCAAUAAGGAGACAUGGUGCAUAGUUAUUCAUUCUCUUGUGUUGGAGUAUUUGGCAGGAACGGAAUUCACGGGUGUGGAACUGAGGCUCAAGAAGACUGGAGAGGAAGUUAAUGUGGCAGCAAAGGCUUUUGGUUUCCCGGAAUCUUGGAAAGCAGCUCAACUACCCAAUGCGGGUCUUCAAGUGGCAGUAAGGGUGCAGGGAAGAAGCUGGCAGCAGAUUGGGGAUUGGGUUGGUCUAUCUUUCCGGACAGGGGGCGCUGGAUCUGACCAGUUGGUAGCUGCUUGAAGCGGAAUGCUGAUGUUGCACUUGGGAGGGAACGGUGUGGGCUUGGCUGGGUUAUCCGUGACUCGAUCGGGGAUUUUGUGGCAGCAGGAGCCAAGCCGUUUAAUAGCAGGCUGACAGCGAGGGAACCGGAGAUGUUGGGGGUUCGUGAAGCUUUGGUAUGGUUGUUGUCCUUGGGUUGGAGAAAUCUGGAUGUAGUCUGAUGCGGCUCAGGUGAUCAAUGAGAUCCAGGAGGGGAAGGAUCUUUCGGGUUUUGAUUUGGUUGCGAAAGAUAUUAAAUUUAUGAUUGCUAAUAUGAAUAGCAUCAAGUUUUCUCACGCAGGUCGAUCAGAAUCGGGUUGUUCAUUGCUUACCUAGAGUUGCCGUUUACGUCUAAUUGUCAAUUUUGGUUUCAUAUUCGUCCUACUUAUGUAAUCAAGGAUUUGGAGUUUGAUAUUCUAAAUAAUAUGUAGUUGGUUUUCUUACAGACAUUAUGAAUAUGAUAUUAAUCAUAAUAGUAUUAUUUACAUCCAUCUUUAAUGUAGGCA